CUCUUUUUGACAGACCCAAAUAUUCUUUCUUUUGGGUCCUGUUUUCAACGUCUAAGAUAAAUAAAUACUCAUAAUUAUUUUUUCAUUUUUUCCGAUUUUUCAACAAAAAAUCAAACAUCAAAUCGGGUCUCAGAAUUCAUUCAGGUGAAAUAUAUAUAAAUAUAUAAAAUAUAGUGUGGGGGUGGUGGAGAAUGCAAAGCCAAAUAGUAUGUAGUGGAUGUAGAAGUAUAUUGUUGUAUCCAAGAGGAGCUUCAAAUGUUUGUUGUGCACUAUGUAAUACCCUUACAUCUGUUCCCCCUCCAGGGAUGGAAAUGGCCCAGCUGAUCUGUGGAGGUUGCCGCACGUUACUGAUGUAUACACGCGGUGCUACAAGCGUUAGAUGCUCAUGCUGUCAUGUUGUAAAUCUUGCACCAGUUGCAAACCAGCUUGCUCAAGUCAGCUGUGCAAAUUGCCGGACGAUGCUGAUGUAUCCAUUUGGUGCCCCGUCUGUUAGAUGUGCAGUUUGUCACUACAUUACAAAUGUCAAUCAGACAAGUAAUGGACGGGUUCCUACCCCAGUACAACCUAAUGGGUCAAUGCCCUCUACUUCGACUGAAAAGCCUCAUUCGGAUACUCUAACUGUUGUCGUUGAAAACCCCAUGUCUGUUGAUGAGAGUGGGAAACUGGUAAGCAAUGUCGUUGUUGGUGUGACAACAGAGAAUAAACCAACCAAGUGAAAUGUUUGGAAUGAUUUGGUCUCUGAUAUAUCAUUUGAUGAAAUUAAAAUGGUGUGUUAGAAAUUGAAUUUGUAUACUAUUAGAAAAGGUAAGGGUCAUCAUAUCAUAUUAACAUUGUAAUUUAGAUUGUUCUGAAGAAAAAAAAGUGAUGGCUUGAUGUGUUGAUUUACGAGGGAGAUGAAUCAUAUAUUGAAUACAGUUCUACUAUAUAUUUGGGUAAACUAUUUGAAUUGCUUGUAAAUGUUAUGCGAAAUGGUUUUCUUUGUUUUA